GUUUAUUAUAAAGAAAGCGUUAUUAAAUCCCAUUAAAAAUAAGAUCAUAAGCAAACUACAUAAGGCUUGGACCAGUAAAGGUCAGAUGCAGUUGAAUGUAUGCUUUUCCUCUAAUUCUAUGGAGAAGAGUCCUUUCACAGAGUAUUAAAAGGUCAAGAUCAUCAUGCUGCAUCACUGAUGUUGUUAAAUUCACUGCUCUUGCUGCACCUCCGAGUGUGUACAUGCAUAAUAGAGUAUAGGCAAAUACUGCUAUGCUGGUCUCCUUGGGUUGGAAAGUUUCAGCUCUAGUGCGAGGAUGAGAGCUGCAUGGCAAUCAGGGGAGGAGAGGAGAGAGCCUGAGAGCACUGCAUUGGGGUAAGAGCUGCUGGAAGUUCAUUCCCUAUGGCACCGCAUGAACGCGAAGGCUCCUUGAGCUGCUGGCGUGCUGUAGAUCUGCUUGCUGCAGCAGGGAGCACGAAACACAUCGGGAAACAUUAAAAAUACACCGCCUCUAUUUUAUCAGACCAGCGCAGCCCCGGCCUCUCCCCUCACUAAUUGCCUGCAGUCGCAUCCCUCUGUUAGUGGUGCAGCUGGUGGCCUUUUCUCCCCAAAGGCUUCCCCAUAGGACGGAUGCGCAUCAGGAGCUCGUCCCAUGGGAGCCCGCUGCUGCGGUGGGCAGGUUUAGCCUUGAGGAGGAGCCGCGGGGGAGGGGGGGCGCAGGGUGUGGCACCCAUCGCCAUCCUCCCCCUGCGCCUCUGCCUUGGCGGCUCCUCGCUGGGCAGGGCUGUGCCUGGCUGCUGGAGAGCUGCACCAAAACUGGAGGGGGCUGCUUUGGGUCGGGGCUCUGUUCUCUCUUCCCAGAAGGAGCAAGUGAAGAAUAACCCACCAUGACUACAGAAUCAGGAUCAGACUCCGAGUCCAAGGAUAAAGAGCAGGAUCAGGAGGAGAGCCCUGCUCAGGAAGGGGCGGCAGAGACCCAGCCUCAGGAGCAGCAGCCACAGCAGCCGCAGCAGCCGCCUCAGCAGCCGAGUGAAGAGCAGCAGACCGCGCUCGAGCAGUUCUCGGCUGUGGCAGCGCACAGCACGCCCGUCAGAAAGGAGCAGGCUACAGAGAAAGAACAGGAGUUUGCUGCUGCGAGUGCAAAACAGUUGGAAUAUCAGCAGCUAGAGGACGACAAGCUCUCUCAAAAAUCUUCAUCUAGCAAACUUUCCAAGUCUCCUCUAAAGAUCGUCAAGAAACCGAAAAAUAUGCAAUGCAAAGUGACGCUCCUGGAUGGAUCAGAAUAUGCCUGUGAAGUAGAGAAACGUUCCAGAGGUCAAGUGCUAUUUGACAAAGUGUGCGAGCAUCUGAACCUUUUGGAAAAAGACUACUUUGGGCUAACAUACAGAGACACAGAAAACCAAAAGAAUUGGUUGGACCCUGCCAAGGAAAUCAAGAAGCAGAUCCGAAGUGGUGCUUGGCAGUUUGCAUUUAAUGUGAAAUUCUACCCUCCAGACCCUGCCCAGCUAUCUGAGGACAUUACCAGGUACUACCUCUGCCUGCAGCUGAGAGAUGACAUCGUUUCAGGCCGGCUGCCCUGCUCGUUCGUCACGCUGGCCCUGCUGGGCUCCUACACUGUGCAGUCGGAGCUCGGCGACUACGACCCCGACGAGUAUGGCAGCGACUACAUCAGCGAGUUCCGCUUCGCACCCAACCACACGAAAGAGCUGGAGGACAAAGUGAUCGAGCUGCACAAGAGCCACAGGGGAAUGACACCUGCAGAAGCUGAGAUGCAUUUCCUGGAGAAUGCCAAAAAACUAUCAAUGUAUGGAGUAGAUCUCCAUCAUGCCAAGGAUUCCGAAGGAGUGGAAAUCAUGCUUGGAGUCUGUGCAAGUGGACUCUUAAUAUAUCGAGACAGACUCAGAAUAAAUAGAUUUGCCUGGCCAAAGGUUUUGAAAAUUUCCUACAAGAGGAACAACUUCUACAUCAAAAUCCGACCAGGGGAGUUUGAGCAGUUUGAAAGCACUAUUGGGUUUAAGUUGCCAAAUCAUCGUGCUGCAAAGCGUUUAUGGAAAGUGUGUGUUGAACACCAUACAUUUUUCAGGCUCCUGCUGCCAGAAGCUCCUCCAAAGAAGUUCCUCACGCUGGGCUCCAAGUUUCGCUACAGCGGCCGGACGCAGGCGCAGACGAGAAGAGCCAGCGCCCUCAUAGACCGUCCUGCACCUUACUUUGAGCGCUCCUCCAGUAAACGUUACACCAUGUCUCGCAGCUUGGAUGGGGCAUCAGUGAAUGAAAACCAUGAAAUGUACAUGAAGGAUUCUGUGUCUGCUGCAGAGGUUGGUACUGGCCAGUACGCCACAACAAAGGGCAUCUCUCAGACCAACUUGAUAACCACUGUGACUCCAGAGAAAAAGACAGAAGAGGACAAAGAUGAUGAAGAGGGCAAAAAGAAGAGAGCAGAGGAAGUCACCCCGAUUUCAGCAAUACGCCAUGACACCAAGACUGACAGUGAGCAGACGGAUACUGCGGCUGAUGGUGAGACCACUGCCACUGAGUCGGAUCAAGAGGAGGACGGAGAUCUAAAGGCACAGAAUAGUCUGAUUAAGCGAAUACAGGGUGAAAAUGUGUAUGUCAAACAUAGUAAUCUUAUGUUAGAGGAUCUAGAUAAAACCCAGGAAGAUCUGAUGAAACAUCAGACCAAUAUAAGCGAGUUGAAACGCAGCUUCUUGGAAACCUCCACAGAAACGACUGUGUCUAAUGAGUGGGAGAAGAGGCUUUCCACAUCUCCCGUUCGGCUUGCAGCAAGGCAGGAGGAUGCUCCUAUGAUUGAACCACUAGUGCCUGAAGAGACCAAAGAAGAAACAGAGAAAUCAGAAAAACUCAUAAUUUUGCAGAAGGGAGGUACUACAUUCCUUGAAAUGCAGACUAAACAGUCCACCAGUGAAAAAACCUUGGAUGGUUCAGAUAUCUUCACUUUAAUAGAGUCUGCCAGAAAACCAACUGAGUUCAUAGGAGGGGUUACUUCUACUUCCCAUACCUGGGCUCAGAGAAUAGACACGACGACGUCUCAGGAGAUAACUUCCAGUGACAUGAAGCAAGCAGUUCAGCCGGAUCAGGAUACAGUGCAGAAGGUUGUACAGGAGACUGUAGUUGUCAAGGAGAGACAUGGGAUGGAGGUGCAUGCAGGCGGGGAUCCUGCUAAAGUGGCCGGACUUACGCUGGAUGCCCAGGCUGAGGCAAUGUCGGCGGCGGCUGCCGGCGUGAAAGGGAAGGAGGGCUCUGCUGGGACUGAGGGGGCCAAGGAGGAAAAAAGGGAGGAGGCUGGGAAAGCCCUAACCAAACAGGAAGGAGUCGCUGCCGCUGCUUCGUGUGAGCAGGCGGAGGAGCACAGAACAACAGUCCAACUUUCAGAGUCUUUGGAAAGAAAACCUCAUUUUGAGUCACCAGUUGUGAAGACUGAGACUAUAAGUUUCAGCAGUGUUCCCGCUGGUGGGGAAACCCUUGAAAUUUCAACAAAGGAAGUGCCAGUAGUCCAUACAGAAACAAAAACCAUUACAUAUGAGUCUUCUCAGGUGGAUUGUGGUGCUGACUCUGAACCAGGUGUAUUGAUGAGUGCACAAACGAUCACAUCUGAAACCACCAGCACUACAACUACUACACAUAUCACCAAAACUGUGAAAGGAGGCAUCUCAGAGACGAGAAUUGAAAAACGGAUAGUCAUCACAGGAGAUGCAGAUAUCGAUCAUGAUCAGGCGCUGGCUCAGGCAAUUAAAGAAGCCAAAGAGCAGCACCCUGACAUGUCAGUGACCAAAGUAGUGGUACAUAAAGAGACAGAAAUCACACCAGAAGAUGGGGAGGAUUGACCACAGGAAUAACCUAGAAUGCAUAUGAAUCCAGACAUACAUACCAGUAGGAAUACGAGAACCUAUACGGAGUCUCAGUUCCAACCUGACUGACUUGUAUCUGUCUAUGGAAAAUUUCAGUACAGAAGAAUUGAUCUUGACCGUUAAUAAAGAAACUGGCAGAGAUACCUUCCCAUAGAAAGCAAUCUGAAUCAGCAGCAGUUAAACAAUAUUGCAUGAAGCAACAAUAAAAUUACAGAAAAGCAGCAUUUUUAAUUUUCUUAAAAUGUCUAAGUUUUCAGCUUUACCUGCACGUUCAUAAAUAAUAUAAACAGUGAUCUCAUGUAACACAUAAACAGUUCAUGCCUUUCACAGUUUCUGAAAGUCUAAACAAAUUAAAAUUUGUUAGGUGGCAAGCCUUUUGUUUACGGAUAUUGUAAAUGAAGAUUACCCCGAAAAUGCUAGAAGCUGUAUAGGUACUGUGUAUAAUGUUUUACCACACAUUAGAUGUGCCAAUAACACAGUUUAUUCAGUAAACAACUUGAAUCUUAUAUUUGUUUCAUCUGGUUUUAUUAUUGCCCGAUAAACGAUGAUGAAUCUUUACUCUUAUCAAAACAUAUAAAUGCUUACAAAGUGUGCUUUGUAUACCUGACUGAAUACCUUAUGAGGUAGUAAUGAUUUUAGUAUAUUAACUUUAAUGAUUUUUGUCAGCAUUGUUCAGAGUCAGCUUCCAGUCACCCUUCACAGAUCCUAACCUUGUAAAUUAUAUGUAGUUAUUUUGGAGGAAAAAACAAUCUGUAUUUUACUUAGUUUGCAGCUUUAGAAAAUUAUUAAUCUGAAAUAACUGUGAUGGUUUUCUAUUGAUUUCCCUUUUGUUCUCAGAGGAAAAAAAAA